ACAGCAAAUUUCUUUUCGUAAACACGUCGCAUUGAAAUUUAUAUGAAAACGGAUUAACGGCAGGCUAAAUAUAAUCACAUACCUGUUGUCAAAAACUGUCAUUUACCGUUAACUCAAUACGUUAUGAAAUUAUUUUGUAAAGCUGACCGGAAUUGGUCCUUUAUUUUUGCUUUUUUAAACUACAAGUUUUAUGAUAGCUGAGUUGGCCAGGGACUAAAAAUGUCGGCAAUUUAGGAAAUUCAAUGAUAAACAAAUAGUUUUCCGACAUUAGGGGACGUAACGAUUAUGCCAAAAGAUGGCGCUGAUUCAACUAUUCACGCAGUACAACAGAGUGUGGAUUCCAGAUGCUGAAAAUGUGUGGAAAUCGGCAGAAAUUGUGAGAGAUUUCCAUCAUGGAGAUCACAUUUUACAUCUGCUUCUCGAAAAUGGCACAGAACUCAAAUACCCCAUUGAUACGUCGCCACCAGAACUCCCUCCUCUUCGCAACCCGGACAUCUUGGUUGGGGAAAACGACCUCACCGCUCUUAGCUACCUCCAUGAACCUGCAGUCCUGCACAACCUCAAAGUCCGCUUCUUGGAGUCCAGAAUCAUCUACACCUACUGUGGCAUCAUCCUGGUGGCUUUGAAUCCAUACAAGCAGCUUCAUAUCUACGGCGAUGCAAUCAUUCAGGCAUACUCGGGUCAGAACAUGGGCGACAUGGACCCUCAUAUAUUUGCAGUGGCAGAGGAGGCUUACAAACAAAUGGCCAGAGACCACAAGAACCAAUCGAUCAUCAUCAGUGGAGAGUCUGGAGCUGGUAAAACUGUGUCAGCUCGAUAUGCUAUGAGAUACUUUGCUGUUGUCAGUAAAUCUGGCAGUAAGACCCAAAUUGAAGACAAAGUCCUGGCGUCCAAUCCCAUAACAGAGGCCAUUGGGAAUGCAAAAACGAUCAGAAACGACAACAGCAGCCGUUUUGGGAAAUUUACCGAGAUCAGUUUUGACAACAGGUAUCGAAUUAUUGGUGCAAACAUGAGGACUUACCUGUUGGAGAAAUCCAGAGUUGUUUUCCAGGCCGAGUCUGAGCGGAACUAUCACAUAUUUUACCAAAUGUGCGCCUGUGCACAUCUGCCAGAGUUUAAGGAACUCCGACUGAUGAGUGCGGAUGAGUUCCAUUAUACGAGCUUGGGUGGCGAUAUCAUUAUUGAUGGUGUCAAUGACAGGAAAGGCAUGGAGGAGACACAGCAGACCUUUUCACUGUUAGGACUAAAGGAGGACUUUCAGUCUGAUGUCUUCAAAGUUCUUGCAGCUAUUCUUCAUCUUGGAAAUGUGGAAAUUAAGAGUUCCGGUGAUGAUAGGUCAUCCAUUUCUUACAGCGAUCCGCAUCUGCACAUCUUCUGUGAGUUACUGGGUGUGCGUGCAGACGAUUUAGUGCGUUGGCUGUGCAAUCGGAGGCUUGUUCUGGUUUCUGAGACUGUGGUGAAGCCGUUGCACAAAGAUCGCGCUGUGAAUUCCAGGGACGCCCUUGCCAAGCGGAUCUACGCGUAUAUGUUUGACUGCGUCAUUAACAGGAUCAACAAAGCGCUGCAGGUCCCUGGGAAGCAACAUGCCUUCGUAGGGGUUCUGGAUAUCUAUGGCUUCGAGACGUUUGACAUCAACAGUUUUGAGCAGUUCUGUAUCAACUAUGCCAAUGAAAAGCUUCAGCAGCAGUUUAACUUGCAUGUGUUCAAAUUGGAACAGGAAGAGUACAUGAAAGAAGACAUCCCAUGGACAUUGAUAGAUUUCUAUGACAAUCAGCCAGUCAUUGACCUGAUUGAAGCCAAAAUGGGAAUCCUGGACUUGCUUGAUGAAGAAUGUUUGUUUCCUCAAGGCACUGAUCAAAGCUGGCUCCAAAAACUGUACAACUACCUGGACAGCAAUCCUUUAUUUGAGAGGCCCAAGCUGUCAAACGAGACGUUUGUAAUUCAACACUUUGCAGACAAGGUGGAGUAUCAGUGCAAAGGUUUUCUUGAGAAGAACCGCGAUGCUCUUUACGAAGAACUGGUUGAAGUUUUGAGAGUCAGUCAGUUUGCAUUUCUGGCCAAAUUUUUCCAAGAGGAGGGGAAGGAAGGCCUGAACAUAAAAGGUAUCAAAGUGAAGGCGGCCAGGCCCGGUGUGAAAUCAGCCAAUAAACAAUUGAGGACCUCAGUUGGAGAUAAGUUCUGCAGCUCUCUCUCUUUGCUGAUGGAGACACUAAAUGCUACAACUCCUCACUAUGUGCGUUGCAUUAAGCCAAAUGAUGAAAAGCUGCCAUUUGAAUAUGAUUCUGGGAGGGUGGUGCAGCAGCUGCGGGCCUGUGGAGUGCUAGAAACUAUCCGCAUCAGUGCCCAAAGUUACCCAUCAAGGUGGACCUACUUUGAGUUUUAUAGCCGGUACAGUAUCCUGAUGACAAACGAGGAGGCGGGUAUCAGUGACAAGACAGAGAUGUGCAAAUACGUUCUUCAGAGGUUCAUUCAGGACCCUAACCAAUACAAGUUCGGUCGCACAAAGAUCUUCCUCCGAGCUGGUCAGGUUGCGUAUUUAGAGAAGCUGCGUCUGGACCGACUACGAGGAGCUUGCAUAACUAUCCAGAAAUACAUCCGAGGUUGGUUUUGCAGAAGGAAUUUCCUACAUCUGAGGAAGGCAACCAUCCUGAUACAACAAUACAUCCGUGGCAAGAGGACUGUACGUAAAGCAGUGAGUGCAGUAAACCUGAAACAGGGCUGGUCAGCGGUGGUGAUCCAGAGGUACUGGAGAGGGUUCCGCAUACAGAAGGUCUACCAAACGGUACGCUUGGCCAUCAUCACCAUCCAAGCUUUCACACGAGGCUGGCUGGCGCGUAAAUCUUAUACCCAGUUGGUGGAAGCACGAAAGGCUUUGGUGCUACAGAAGUACGCCAGAGCAUGGCUUGCUCGUCGGCGUUUUAAUGCCAUCCGUCGAUUGGUGCAUCAAGUUCAGCUCUCCUUCAGGGUGCAGCAGCUCCGAAAGAAGAAUGAGGAGCAGAGUAAAGAGAACCGCGGGUUGGUGGAAAGACUGACGAGUUUGGCCAGCUCCCAUUCUCAGGCCAUGGACAGGCUACAUGCUCUGGAGACACAGCUAGAAAAAUCAGCCAACCAGAAGGCAGCUUUGGAAGCAAGAGAGAAGAAAGUUAAAGAAGAUGCUUUUCUGAAAAUGACUGGGCUUCAAAGUGAAGUUGAUGCGUUACUCAUUAAGAAAGAGAACAUGGAGAGAAUUUUCGAAAAUAACUCCAGAGACCAAAAAGAAAAGUUUGAUCAAAUAAAGAUGAAGCUGCUGGAGGAGAAAGAAACUCAAGCAAGGCUUCGAAAAAUUGCUGAGAACAACCUUGAGACCCAGAGGCAGGACCACGAGAAGGAAGUGGGAAGCCUGAAAGACGAGAUCAGGAAGCUGAAGGACGAGAGAGUCAGCUUGCAGAUGAAGAUGGAGGAUGGCGACCAGAUGACCACUGACCUGCAGGAUCAGGUGGCCCAACUCACCAAACAUGUUAAGGUGAUUCCAGACCUCCGCCGGGACCUCAGCAACCUGCAGAAUCAGAAGAACAAUGUAGAUCGAAGGAUGAGGCAGCAGUCCCAAGAAGCAAGAGCUAAACUGCAUGAUAUUUCAAGAUUACUCGCAGGCAGUGUUGUUGAAGAAGAUGUACUUUUGGGGCUAACUGCAGAUUAUUCGGAGAAGACAUAUGAAGCCGAAGACCUUCUGGCAGCCUUCGAUGGUUUAGAAAAAGCUACCAGAACGUUGGAGAACCACCGCAAGGAGCAGAAGGAAAGCUAUGAGACUCAAAUAGAAGGCUUGAGACUGAAAGUGGAUUACCUCCAAAAUGAGAACAGCAGCUUGCAAACUCUUUUCACUGAGAAAAAUAACAUCAAUGAGAAUAUUCGCCAAGAGGUGUUCCGGCUGAGCAGUGAGAACUCUGUCCUACCUCAGCUGAAAGUUCAGAUUUCAGAGCUGCAUAGACAAAAGAACGAUCUCAAGAUUCUUGUAGAAAAGCAAAAAAAAGAGCUAGAAGAAAAAGCAGAUGAAAUAAAAAAUACCCUUCAAAGGAGGAUUGAAGAAGAGAGUUCAAAGUGCAGGCACUUUGAGGAGCAAGCUGAGGGCCUCGAGGAGACAAAGAAGGAUCUUCAAGGUCGAAUAAAAGACCUUCAGGAGGAGAAUGACCACGUGAGCAGGCAACUGCAGAUGGAGAGAGAGGCCAAGAAUCGACUGAGACUGGAAGCUACCCAGUUAUCAUCCAAAAAUUUGGAUUUUGAGGAGCUGCUGGAUCAAAAGGAGAGAAUCAUUAAACAAUUACAGAAUCAAUUGAUAAACCUUGAAACAGCACAACAAGCCCAAAAAAACUCUUCACCUACUCCCAAACAUUAUCUUGGAAUGUUGGAGUGCAAGAAAGAGGAUGAAUCCCGACUCAUCCAAAACCUCAUUAUAGAUCUCAAGCCCAAAGGUGUGGCGGUCAACAUGCUCCCCGUUCUGCCAGCUUACAUCCUCUUCAUGUGCAUACGUCACUCUGACUACCUGAACGACGAAGACAAGCUUCAGUCUUUUAUGAAUGCGACUAUUGUUGCUGUCAAAAAGGUCACUGUGGCUCACCAGAAUGACUUGGCCUCAUUGGUCUUCUGGCUGUCCAACAUGUACCAGCUGCUGAACUGUCUCAAGCAGUACAGUGGAGAGGAGGAAUUCAGGAAACAAAGCACUCCCCGUCAGAUCAACAAUUGCUUGCAGAACUUUGAUUUGUCAGACCACCAGCAGGUUGUCAGUGACUUAGCUAUCUGCAUCUAUCACCAGUUCAUCGCGGCCAUGGAACGAGCUCUCACUCCUGCGAUUGUACCUGGUAUGUUGGAGCACGAGAGUUUACAUGGGAUUUCCAGUUUGAAGCCCAGAGGCUUCAUUAAACGUUCCAGCAACAACAAUCAAGACACGGAGACUUACACCAUCUCUUUCAUCAUCCAGCGGCUCUCUCACUUCCACACAAACAUGAUGCAACAUGGCACAGAGCCGCACCUCAUUAAACAGGUGGUCAAGCAGCUGCUCUUCCACAUUGGCGCGACCACCCUCAAUAACCUGCUUCUCCGGAAAGACAUGUGCUCCUGCAGUAAAGGAAUGCAAAUUAGAUGUAACAUCAGCUACCUGGAAGAGUGGCUACAGGAGAAAGACCUCCAGAAUUGUCAUCUUAUAGACACUCUGAAGCCGUUGAGUGAGGCUGCCUGGCUGCUGCAAGUUAGCAAGUCCACGGAUGACGACGCCAAGGUGAUCACAGAGAAAUGCACUGAGCUCAACACGGUUCAGAUCGUCAAAAUUCUGAACUCAUACACACCUUUCGAUGGUUUUGAAAAGAGGGUCGCCUCAUCGUUUGUUCGCAAAGUUCAGUCUCUUCGACAAGAUCACGACGGCUCCCCUCAGCUGAUGAUGGAUGCAUAUUAUCGUUUCCCGGUUACGUUUCCUUUCUGCCCAUCCUCGCAGGCUCUCGAGUUGCUGCAGGUUCCCGCUAGCCUUAACCUGGAAUUUCUAACGAUGAUCUGACCCAGGGAGACUUUGUCCUCUAUCUUCUCAAGAUGAACCGCUAAUCAUGUGGCUAAUGUGUCAUCCAUUUGUAUAAAAAAAUA